AUGAUCAAAGUUGGUCAAGAAAGACCUAAAGAAAAAAAGAAGGUACAUGAAGAAUACAUCUUUGCACAGUGGGGACUGAUAGUAAAAUAUGCUAUUCUAAAGGGUGGGAAAUUUGAGAUUUUACGUCCAAAAAGAAAACAUUAUAUUGAUAGGAGAAACCAACUUGAUAUUAUUUUUGCUGAAGUAGAUGGCCAAUGCUAUAAAGCUGAAGAUAUUUUUCAAAGGGCUAGUUCUUAUGUCAAACAACUCUGCGAAAAAGGAGAACUUAAAAAACGAGAUAAAGCUAGAACAGAGAGGAAAAUUGUUCAUGAUACGUUAAUGAACAAAUUAACAAAGUGGUGUUGUACUAGAAGUGAAACUGAUGACAUUAAAAUUAAAUAUAGAAAAGGAAAAUCUUCAUAUAAAAAGAAAGAAAAAGAAAGUAAUCUUGUUAUUUAUGAACUUGAAGUUGAUGGAUUAACUUAUGAGAGAAGCUUUAUUAGAUACAAUUUUGGAAAUUGGAUGCAACGUACUCUCAAAUACCUUUUUGAUAAAAACAAAGAUAAAUCUAUUACAAUAUCUUCAAAUAAUCUUCCACAAGAAUUUCUUCAAGAUUUUAUUACCCCAUGUUAUGAACAAAAUACAACUGUUGAUGAUGUUGUUGAACCCCUCAUCCAAUUACCUAGUGACGAUGAAAAAAAUCAAAAUUUUGUUUGUCCUCAACACUUUUCUCCUCUUCAACAAUUAGUCACAUCACCUUUUAUUCAACCUAAUAUAAGAGAACUUCAAGAAACUAUUCAAUACCUAUCUCCACAAACGGGCUGUCAAUAUUGCCCUCCUCAAAAUAGUUUUAUGGUCUUUGAAAUAAAUGGAACUUUUUGGUACUUUACAACUGGAAACUAUAAAGGGAAUGGACUUUCUAAUGAAUGUGUUAAAUAA